UCUUCACAAUUAUGCCUGGUUUGGGUGAAGUUGUACAUGGACUUAAAAGGGAGUGGGUAACAUUAAGACUUUAGCACAAAAUGUGCUUGUACUUUCUAGCUUGUCCAAAAUUUUAACUCUGACUUUACAUGAAAAGGGAAGAAAAAUCCAGCUGGCAGAGAGUGGCUCAAGGUCUCAGUUCAGACAGCUUCAGGAGUUCUGGUUUGGCAGAUCUACUCUCUAAAACGAGAGGCCGUGUAGAGCUGUUGCUCUGAAAGAGACAAACUCCACUCAGGGAAACAGUGUCUGUUUGUAGAUACAUGUUAUUCAGAAGCAGCUCCCUCAUGUGAGCAGCACUGCAGUGACUAGUCUUUAGUGGGAGGGAUAUCAGGUUUGCAGCAGCCAGCAGGUGGAAGAGAGUCAGCCAGGAAGGGAGUCAGUAGGCAGGCUGAGUGGGAGCUCUCCAUGGUAGUGAUGGUUUCCAGCAAUUUCACAACACAUAAGCAUGGUCUGAAGGUCUGCUUUACAAACUCAUAAAGGAGCAUCAAAUCCCAUUUAAGGCUACCCCAGGUGGAACAGCUUGAGUGUCCCUGAUUUCAGCUUCAGGCUUCAAAGUGAGAAGACAGAAGAACUGAGAGUUUCUACAAGACGACCAUACCUGUACGCGGGGAUAUCUGGACACCUCACAAUGGAUGGAUUGAGGACAAAUUGUUGAGUUCUCCUACGGCUGUCCCUGAAUGAUACAGAGGAGUGUUGGGAUGUCGUGGCUGGUGUGGGUGUGGGUCAGUGUGACAGUCCUGCUGAUGUGCGAGGCCACUUUCUAUGAGACCAUCCAGCAGCACCUGGCCCCGCCCGGAACCAACAUACAGAUCCUCGAAGGAGGGACAUGCGAGGUGAUUGCGGCACACAGGUGCUGUAACAAAAACAAGAUUGAAGAGAGAUCUCAGACAGUAAAGUGCUCCUGUUUACCAGGGAAAGUGGCAGGAACCACCAGGAAUAAACCCUCCUGUGUUGACGCCUCCAUAGUGAUUGGGAAGUGGUGGUGUGAGAUGGAGCCGUGUCUGGAGGGAGAGGAAUGCAAGACUCUACCAGAUAACUCGGGCUGGAUGUGCUACUCCGGAAACAAAAUCAAAACCACCAGGGGAAACAUUCAAGACGACAAGCUGAAUUAAGUUUUCUCAACUCUAAACCAACAGACAUGUGUUUAAUGACUUGAAACGGAGUCCUCUGCUCAUAAAUCCAUCUGUCUCUGACUAACACGGACACCAGACUUUCAAUUUUUAUGGCCGUUGAACACCGCGGGUUCUUUCGUUGUUUUGUUUUUGUUUGACAUUUGUCAAAUAUUUGUUUCCUCUCAAUGAGUCCUGGAUAAUUAAACUCGUAUCCCUUUGUGUGGAGUGCACUCAAACCAACUAUACCUUGCCUGAAAUAAUCUUCAACUGUAUUAUUCUUGGAUGUUCCUAUGUCUCCGGAUGAACAUAUUAAAUCUCCUACUGUAUGUAGUGAAACUGGCUUCCUGUUCAUGUGGAUUUGCAGAAGGAGAUUGAUCCUCAUCAAGCAAGUUUAAUUAAAAGACACUCUGUGCAUCGACUGUGAGUAAAACGCAGAGGAGCACGUGUACAAGGAAUGACCGAUCCAGUCCGGAAAUGUUCCUCCCGUUUCCUGGAACGUUAUAUCAGAUACAAAAUGAAUUCUGGUGGUGAUAAUAAAACCAAAUAAGUCUUCAGCAUGAUUUCUGUAAAGCUGUAAAAAAAAAAAAAUAGGUGAUGGAAAUGUUUUACAUAAAUAAAAUUAAUUCAAAAGAGGUGAGAAUGAUGUUACAAAUGUAUUUGACUUACAAUAAACUGUAAUUUAAUGUGAAC